AAAAUGGCGGACCUCGAGGCGGUGCUGGCCGACGUCAGCUACUUGAUGGCUAUGGAGAAGAGCAAAAGCACACCGGCCGCUCGUGCAAGCAAGAAAAUCAUUUUGCCCGAUCCCAGGUUACCUCUUAUUCAAAGACUACUGCGAGAAUGUGGCGGAGGAGCCGAUUCCGCAACUUAGGUUUUACGAAGAGAUCAAGGCGUACGAGAAACUCGAAUGCCCGGAAGAGAGGAGAAAACUUGCCAAAGAGAUCUACGACAAUUUCAUCAUGAAGGAGCUGCUGGCACACUCCCAUGAAUACUCGCCGGAAGCGGUGUCCCACGUUCAUAAAUACCUUAUGAAAAACGAGGUCCCCGUUAAUUUGUUCGAGCCGUAUAUCGAGGAGAUUUUUAAUCACUUGAGAGCGGAACCGUUCAAAAAGUUUCUCGAGAGCGAGAAGUACACGCGAUUUUGUCAAUGGAAAAACUUAGAGUUGAACAUGCAGCUGACAAUGAACGACUUCAGUGUACAUCGAAUAAUAGGAAGAGGCGGAUUUGGAGAAGUUUACGGGUGUCGAAAAGCAGACACGGGGAAAAUGUACGCGAUGAAAUGCCUUGACAAAAAACGAAUAAAAAUGAAGCAAGGCGAAACUUUAGCGCUCAACGAAAGGAUAAUGCUUUCGGCAGUCAGUACCGGAGUCGAUUGUCCAUUUAUAGUAUGCAUGACGUACGCCUUCCAAACGCCGGACAAACUGUGCUUCAUUCUGGAUCUGAUGAACGGUGGCGAUCUUCAUUACCAUCUAAGUCAGCACGGAGUGUUCAACGAGCGAGAGAUGAAGUUUUACGCGGCAGAAGUGAUAUUGGGAUUGGAGCACAUGCACCGUAGAUACAUCGUUUACAGAGACCUGAAACCUGCCAAUAUCCUUCUGGACGAGCAUGGCCAUGUCAGAAUAUCGGAUUUGGGGUUGGCUUGCGAUUUCUCCAAAAAGAAACCGCAUGCAAGCGUAGGGACGCACGGGUAUAUGGCACCGGAAGUGCUUUCGAAAGGUGUAACCUACGACUCCAGCGCCGAUUGGUUCUCGUUCGGUUGUAUGCUGCAUAAAUUGUUAAAAGGUCAUAGUCCAUUCAGACAGCAUAAAACAAAAGACAAACAUGAAAUAGAUCACAUGACAUUAACCAAGAACGUAGAGCUGCCAGAAACGUUCUCACGAGAAUUGCGCUCAUUGCUGGAAGGUCUGCUACAACGAGAUAUCAACAACAGACUUGGAUGUCGAGGUGCAGGUGCGGACGAGUUAAAAGAACACCCGUUUUUCAGUGGUAUCGAUUGGCAACAAGUUUAUCUCCAGAAAUACACGCCACCGCUUAUACCACCGCGCGGCGAGGUGAACGCCGCAGAUGCCUUUGAUAUCGGCUCCUUUGACGAGGAAGACACUAAGGGUAUCAAAUUGACGGAUGCGGAUCAAGAACUGUACAAAAAUUUCCCUCUAACCAUCUCGGAGAGAUGGCAAGCUGAGGUAGCCGAAACUGUGUUCGAGACAAUCAAUAACGAAGCUGACAAGUUGGAAAAUAAGAAAAAAGCUAAACAGAAACAGCGAUUCGACGCGGAUGAAAAAGGAUCUGAUUGCAUUUUACACGGUUAUAUUAAAAAAUUGGGUGGUCCUUUCGCAAGUGCAUGGCAAACGCGUUACGCAAAAUUGUAUCCUAAUAGAUUAGAAUUGCAUCCAGAGUCCACGACAAAGCCUGAACUUGUUUUUCUUGACCAGGUUGAGGAAGUUAGCGCGGAUUUUCAGCACGUGAAAGGGGAACAAUGUAUUGUCGUCCGUAUGAGAGACGCAAAAAUAGUACUUACAAAUCCAGAUGAGAUCAGUUUGAAAGAAUGGGCGUUGUCAUUGAGAUCCGCGCAUAAAUGUUCAAUGGAAAUGUUGGGCAGUAUGGCAAAGAAGGCCGGUAAGAUCUACGGGACUGAAAGAGACGCAGUAAUUCCUGCAAUGCAGCGCUCGACGAAUGGCAACUAGCCCCUUGCUAAUACCUGUACAUCGUCAUCAUACUCCAGUCCCACUGCCCCCCAGCAGCAGCAGCAGCAGCAACAACAACAACUUUUUUUAUACUGAGAAUGAACGCAGGCAGAUCUAGAAGAAAUUCCAACGAUUGACGAGUAAUUGGGAGGCGGUUUUUUUCUCCAGUCAGCAUCCCGGAACCAGAAAUAUUCAAGUCUCGAAACAGCUCCAAAGAAAAAACUCCCUUUGAACGGCGGGUAGUGUCACGCUGUAUAGAGACUUUAGGAAGUAGAGUCGUACGAAACGUUACGUCAUUAUAUUUGUACGUUAGCUGUAUGUGCAAUGUGACGUAGGAACUAGCGACUGAACAAUGCCCAUCGACAUUCACGCGAGCACGCGCGCGCGCGACAGAGCACGCGUGUUCAUGUAAGAAUCCACACACACGAGAUACACACAUGCAUGCACGCACACACGUACAUAUAUACACAUAAAAAAAAAAAAAAACACGAAAAUGCAAACCGGUAGUGUAUUAUUGUAAUAUCAAAUACGAAAUACGCCCAAAAUCCCGAUUAUACUUCUUCUACACACCCUUCUAUACCGCUCGUUUACUUAAUUUAUUUACUAAUGCAGAACGAUUUUAUAUUGUCGUUUUCGUAAAUGAUACACGCGCGCGAAUUCAUUUAUUUAUUGCGUUUAAGGAUAUGAAAACAAAAAAGAGAAAAAACUCGGACUACAUUGUCGACAACCAAUCGAAACUAGCUGUAAUUAAAAAAAAAAAAGGAAAAAAAAAAUGAAAAAAAAAAAAAAGACGAGGAAACUGUGUAUGUCGAAUGCUGGAUACAGACGAGUUCGCCCCGGCAAUAAAAUUGUACGAUGAACGUAGAA